AUGUCACCACGUCUUAGCUGGGAGGUGCAAUUCAAUGAUCCAUCGCUUAAUCAAAAUUUUUAUCUUGUCAGAUAUGAUUAUCGAGGAACCGGUAGAAGUGAUAAACCACAAGACCUUAAUGCGUAUAGUACCGACUUACACGUCUUGGACCUUAACGCCGUAAUAAAUAGUGUAAAAUCCAAUAAAAUAGUUUUGGUUGGUUCGUCUUUUGGAGCGUUGGUUUCCAUUGGAUCCAUGAACACCACGAAAGUUACUGGAUUUAUAUCAGUCUCUGGAAUUUACAAUGGCAACAUCCCAUUUUUUACUAAUGCUACCGCUCCAUCGGAUGUCUAUCAAACGGCCAUUGAUCAGUAUAAUCAAGGUUUUCCCUUUCUCACCGCUACACCUUUGUCCGAUCAAUUCAAUCAAUUUUUGUUUGGAGAACUUUCUAAAUUGAGUCCUUAUUAUCGUCAUAAUACAAGUCCCAUUCCAGAUUAUGGCAGUAUUUUUAGCAGUUUAAGUGUUCCAACAUUAUUUCUUAUCGGUGAUCAAGAUUUAAUUAUUCCAGCUAGCUAUAGUAAAACGUUUGUAAGCCUUGCGCAGGAUGGGAAAACGAUAACUUACACUGGCGUUGGGCAUUCACCACAAUGGGAAAUCUAUCAAACUUUUAACAAUGAUAUUAGCAAAUUUGCUAAUAGCCUUUAA